UGAUUAUUCAAAUUAAUUGGUUUUAGUUAGCUUGAAUAUAGCUAGAGAUUGUACCAUAUUUAAAUAAAGAAGGAAGAAAAAAUCAUGUAUUGGGCGGCCUAUGACAUUUUGGGUCUGCUCUUUGCGAAAGGUCUUGUUUAGUUCCCUAUUUGAUCCCGAGCGCUACCAACAUGAUUGGGUCUUGGGAUAGUAGAAUGGAAGUUUUCCAGAUCACAAGAUGAAAGAAAUAAUGAAAGGUUCCUGUUCAUUUUUGUCCUGUUUGCGGGUAGGAUAAAUAGCUUCCUAUUAAUCGUUAUAGUUCCUCUUUAGAGAUUUAAAUAUCUCAUGGUAAAAUCAGCAUGUUUAAGAAGAAAACAAUAUGAAUUGACUGGAAGGGAAGGGUGAGAUUACCCAAUGACCAAUAAAAAAUGUAGUUUGUCAGAUAUAUGAUAUGCUUCGCUGUAGAAUGAUUGUGCGACAUGCAGUAUGUUCUUCAAAGAACGCUAAAAAGGUGACUGCAUAGCAUUGAGAAAUAUGCGAAGAAAAGGGCGCGUCAUUUGAAAAUUUCGGAGGAAGGAUAGCAUUUGUCGAGUUUUACGGAGAACGCGUUUUUGUGAUGACACUGAAACUGCUUUUACGUAGCCAAAAGUAAGUCAUGGGAUUUCUCAUUGGUGAAGUUUGCGUUUCCUGUUGUCAAAAGACAUGUUCCUACUGUAAAAACAGUGGCCUAAAUUUUCUUCCCCCUUGCCUAGUGACUGACGCCGGCUUUGUCUUUUAAUGUUGAAAGUAACCCCCCCUGUCUCGGGGUCAAAGAGAUGCACAAUAGUCUUUAUGUUCUAUACGUAUGCUCCUUGGCUUCAAGACAGUGUUGCAUUACUUCAUUCAUUAAAAAACAUUCUUUUGUUCGUCUCGCAAACAAGCUUUUUAUUUUAUUUCUUUUUGCAAAAAUUAAUCAACGUUGUCAUAUACGAUAAUUACUAGGAUAUUAAAUUAGGUAUUACAGCAAAUUCAAACAGCAAAAUGUUUUGAUAUAAUCAUUUUCUUUGUGUUUUUGCGCGUGAAUGGUAACCAUGAUUUUUUUUAAAUUCGGCUAGGAACUUUAAUGGUACACGUGUACGCUUACUUCAAAGAAGAUGUAAAUUGUGGCUUGCCUGAAACUGUCAAAGGUUUGUCGUUCAUAGAUGAACUUGCGCUAAUAAAAGAUCGGUCGUCAUGAAGUAAAGCGAGAGCAAGUCAUUGUCACGAGGGCUUAACAACGAAAUUCCUUGCCUCUUUUUGUUUCGAUUUUCUUUAAAGUUGCUUUUUACUUAAUUGUUUGAAGAUGAUUUUCCAAAAAACGAAACUGCAAGGCAUUGUCUGAAGUAAAAUCGAAAAUGAAGCCAAAAAUCAAUAAUAUGGUUGUAUCGAUUUUACACAUUAUAGAGUUAUUUACUAUUUGGUUAUCUGAAAGUACAGCAAUAAAUUUCAAGUUUUUCUAAUGGAAGAAAUGUCUACUGGAUUUCUCUUCAUCUUCCUCCUAUUUGCCGGCUCAGCUUGCAAGGAACUGUUUGUAUCAAAAGAUGGCUCUGAUAACAUUCAAUGUGGAGGUGUUACCUCUCCGUGCCUAAGUAUCAAAUUCACUGUCUUCAACAGAAGCAUGGAAAAUGACGUCAUCAAAAUUACCGGGAAUGACAGCGGACAAACGGCUAUAUAUGAUGUCUCAGGUAUUGUUAUUGAAAAGGGAUUGAGCUUUCAAGGCAUCAAUGGAAGGCCCAUAUUAACAUGCCUUUAUUGUCAAUAUAUGUUUGGAUUAAGUGAGCAACGCACUAAGGAAUCAAUAGUUGCCUCAUUUUCAAACUUGCAAUUUUAUUCAAACGAGUCAGCCAAGGUAUAUCCUGUUGAAAUCAAAGGCUUGCAGGCCACAAACAUAGCAGUGCUGCAAAUAGUCAACUGCAGUUUCACAGGCGUAACGUAUCCGAUCCUGUACAUGUGUGACAAAAGUAUUGGAUGUCAUCUUUUAGUUGAGAACUGUACAUUUAUUGCUUCCAGAAGGUGUAUCCGGGCAGAUGGAAAUGGUAUGCUACGAAUUACCAUUAACGAUAAUGUAUUUCUUGGUAGCUCAGGCUACUCAAUAUCAGCUCUUGUAUUGAGCACCUAUUUGCCAGUUUACGAAAUGAAGAAACUUCAGCUGUACGUAAAGAGAAGUUCGUUUAGUUAUUUUCAAGCAGCCUUCAACUUGAGUACCUCGCUAAUUCGCUAUGGCGAUAUCCAAAUAAAAAACUGUUCCUUCAAGAAUAAUAUGCUGCUUCUAAAAAGACUACAUGUUGCCUAUCUAGGUGGUGCUGCCAUUACCUUGUACAAUUACGUGAAACCUUUGCCAAGAUCACUUAUUCAAUUGCUGGUUAGUGAUUCUGAAUUUUCUAACAACACGGGACAUUGUUCAGGUGCAAUCUGUAUCAAAUCUUUCAAAAACAAAGUGAAAGUUUUUUUAACGAGAACAAACUUUAAAGAUAAUCUUUCUAUGUCUAAAGGGGGCGCCUUAAGCACCGAUGGAGGAGCCGAUGUCCGUAUAAGGAGCUGCACAUUUCUCAAUAAUGUUUGUACUACAUUAAGGGUCGGGUACCUUGGGACUUGGAUAAAUGGCGUAGGUGGAGCACUCGCAUUUGUACCAAUCUACGCCCAACAAGAGAUAGCAUCUGACAUUUCAAUUAGGAAUUCUGUUUUUGUAAAUAACUCGGCAGUGCACAGUGGAGGAUCGAUCUUUUCUGGAAUGAUGCUCAUAAGGUUGCAAAACGUGCUUCUGGUAGGCCCUGAAAAUAGCAGAAUUAAGCCGAUUGAAGGCGAUAUUAUCACAAGUCGAUACGCGGCAAGGUUUUCAAAUGUGACGGUAGUGGUUCGAAAUCUGGACAACACAGUAAUGCCAGUUAAGCUAGGUGAGUAUUUUGGAAUAUAUCGAACUUAUAAAUAUUACGCAUUAUCAGUUGACAGAAAGUCGAAAUUCCUUUGUGCUGAAGGCUCAGUGAUCCUGAUCAAUCAAUUUAAAAUGAUAACAUAUCCAAGAAGCUAUAGCAUGUUCAACAUGUACUGCAGAGCUUGUGCAGAGAACAGCUACAACCUCGGUGGAAGUGCAUUCCGCAACCUUUCGAUACACAAAGCCAAAUGCCUUGCUUGCCCUUACGGGGCUAAUUGCUUUGCUGGCGUUGUCAGGUCAAAAAGCGGAUUUUGGGGAUUUGAAAUCCCAGGGACAAGAGAGGUAAAGCUCAUUCGACUCCCUCGUGGGUACGGCUGUGCAAAUAGCCAAUGCAUGCGAUUCAACUCGUGUGCUGUUAACAGGGAAGGUACACUCUGUGGCAAGUGCAGAGCUGGGUACAGUGAGAGCACAUUUUCUGCAAAUUGUGUUCCAAAUGCUCAAUGUGGACAAUGGUUUUUGUGGAGCAUUUCUUUGCUUCUUGUGAUUGGAUAUGUACUGUUUUUCUUUUACAAAAAGACCCUAAUCAAAUCCAUGAAAGGCUUGCUAUAUCAUUUACUUACUUUCCGCAAAAGGACUGACAGAGAAAUUCCUUUGCUCAGCGACCAUAGUGAAGAAACACCAUGGGCAAAUUUCUGGUCAAGCAGAACCGACAGGGAGGAGAACUCAGUAGAGCCAUUCACCGAUGAAAACGUACUUCUGCAUAAUAUCGACGAAGCGAGAGCCCAGGGUGGCGUCGAUUUAACAAUCGAAGAAACUGGGCAAGAUGAUUUUUUCUUUGAUAGUUUAGUGAAGAUAGUUUUCUAUUUCUAUCAAGCAGCGGCCGUUAUUAAGUCUUCAGAUACCCAUGAAAUGGAGGGCAGAUUUCACCUUCUUGCUGCAACUGUAGAAAGAGUUUUCAAUUUCGAACUUGUGCCUUCUGGGGGACGCUACUCGUGUGUUCUUGAAAACCUUACACCAUUGUCAAAGAUCUGGUUGAGCGUCUCGUUAAAUGCUUCGAUUUUUCUCGUGUUAGGCCUAGUUUGGUUGCUUAAACGUGUCAGAAAAAGGGGUAACAACGGGAACGCUAACACAAGGAGAUGCAAAUCAAGCCCUCUCGUUAUUGUUUUUCUCGAAAUAUUUCUGUUCAACUACGCAUUUCAAACCAAGACCAUACUCAAGCUGCUGAACUGCGUGAACGUAGCAAAUAAGACAGUUUUGUACAUCCAAGGUACUGUUGCUUGCUACACGAAAUGGCAAUACGCAGUGAUUGUGAUCGGAUGCAUUUGGGUAAUUCCUUUCUGUUUGUUUCUCCUUGUUGCAGCUAAGCUUAUCCGUUCCGGGCAUCUGAAAGCCAAUUACGUCAUCGUCUGCUGUAUUUUCCCGUUGCCGUCGCUUGUCUUCUUCUUCAUUUUAACGAGGAAGCAAUCUGCAUACACAAGAUGCCCAACGGCACCUUCUCAGCUCUACCUAAUCAGGCUGUUAGCAGGUCCCUACAAGAACCCUUAUGGCUAUUGGGAAGGGGUUUAUACCCUUCGUCGUCUUAUUCUGAUUUCACUUUGCACAUUCAUCGCAGAACCCCUGUCAAAGAUUUACUCUUUGAUAAUCGUGCAGCUCAUUUUCUUGAUACAUCAUUUGCAGAUCAAGCCGUUUAAACAGUGCAAGGCGAACCUGUGCGAAACAAUCUCUUUGGGUUCAUUAACCUUCAUAUCCUGCAUGAAGCUGUUCUUCAUGUAUAGCUACAUCACAGCAACAAAGGUGCCUCAUGACAGACAGCUUUUUCUUCGAUUGUCAUCUGGCAUCGAAGCAACAAUGCUUUUGUUCGUGCCUGGUAUAUUGGUUUCGUUGCUUGCAGUCGUAUUCAUCAGCAAAAUUUGUCAUUUGGUGCUUACACUUUCAAAAAAGCUGGCAUUCUUUAAGAAACAGCAGUAACUCAAAAGAUAAGUACUUUUGAACUUAACGCCUGUGGAAAUAUAAACAUGGUCAAAGAAGGAAAAUGGUCAAAGAAGAAAACUGUAAAAGUCUGAUUUUUGACGCAGGGCAUGAAAACAAUCUUUCUUUCUUGCGACCAGACAAAAAUCAUGCAUAAAUUUUCUGCGAGAAUUGGAGCUAAAUUUGUUCUGUCUUCAUAUUUUUUCUUUGAUGAACAUGUAAGAAACAAAGGUGCUCCUUGUAAAAGAGUUAUUUUUAAAAAAUUCCUGUAGAAUAUUUCACGAACAAUUUUCUAUGACCGCCCGGUCAGGUGGGUUUUCAUGCCCUGUUUGACAGUAAAUAAUAAGCAAUAGUUCGAAUGUCAUGUCUUCAUGCCUUAUAACUUGUCCCAAAUCAAGAUGCCCCGCCCGGCUUAGAUCUUAUAUACACUGCUACAACGACUAGGGAUUUUAAAAAAACUGUUUAAAGCCAUAUGCCUCUUUUAAGAAUGCGUAACUGUACAAAGCACUUUCUGAUAUACAUUCAUUGUUCCCUGCUUGUACUUAAGCACCUACCAAUCUACUGUCCUUUUUAAAGUGAAUUUCAUCUCGUAUCUUUUGAUAUUUGUGUACUAUUGCAUUUGGUCGAUCUUUGGAGAUUCUCAGCAGAAGACUACGUAAAAUUGUUUAUGAUAGUAUCGGAUGUUUAGAAUAUUUACCUAGUAGAAUAAAAUGAUUUGUUGUGUUAUAACCAUUUCACUUCAUGUAUUGUCAUGCAAACAAUAGUUAGUUAAGGUAUUUUUUGGUAUAUUCUUUGUAGAAAUGAAUUCUAUGUGGCUUUUUUUUCUCUUAAAAUAUUGCAGCACCGUGUAUUGUUUGUUGCUUAUUAUUAUUCUCACGUCUUAACUAGGCAAGCUGCAUCUUUUUUAUUCAAAUAUCGAUCACAGGACGUCAGCUGAAAAGUAAAUGUGGCAUAAGAAACCGCUUGAAUAGGUUUUAAAAUGUUUAGAAUCCAUCCACAGUAUGCAUAAUGGUCAGAGUCAAGUUGGGCCUACAUUUUUUUUAUUCAUAGAAAUUAAUAACAAUACAAUUUUACAUUGACUAUACUAUCCUAAUUACUGUACUACACUACGGGGACGAUACCACGAGGAGCGAAAGACAAUGACUACGCCAUGGCCGAUACAUAAAAACACACAACAUUAAACAAGGAUAGAAAGAAAGAUAACUAAAACUAGGUAGACUAAUUACGAAUACAGAGUAAACAGACAAAAAGUAGAUGCUAAUGUAUAGGAGUGUGCAGCAAUGGAAUAUUUAAAAGCGUUCUGAAGCAUGAAUGAAUUUGAGCGUUGUCUGAAAUAGCUUCUUAUUUGAGUCAAUGGUAAGUCGCUCGUCACCAUAUAAAAUUAAUUUGACUAAAGCUUCAUUUGAAAGAGAUGAAAACCAUGAGGGAGCAAUAUUGCAUUCACACUACUGAGAAGAUCAGAUCUAGGCCGGUUAUACGAAUGACAGAGCAGCAAUAGGCCUAAAUUCAUGGAGGCCAUAAUCAAAGCUAGCGGAACGAAAGCCAUUCAAAAGGUUCCCUUCAACGCUAGUCUCUUAGAGAAAAACUACAUAUAAGAAGAAUGCUUUCAUCGGGGAAAGAAAUUCACAGUCCACUGAAAUAGACAUUUCCUUUAGUCGGACGUGUCAAUAUGAGACCUGGGGCGAAUAGCAAAGCUUCAACAAGAGAAGGAGAGAGGGGCUUAGAAGAAAAGGGGGUGAAAUCGAGUUAUUUGGUGUUGGUUUCUGAAGAAUGAAAUUUUUAAGAAUCUUAAACCUAAAGCGUUUCAAAGUUUACAACUCUGGGAAAGAUAAAUGACUGUUGGACAGAGAUUGUCAAUGUGGCAAAGAAAAUUUGAAAAGGUUAGCCACAAAAAGAAUCUUACACAUCUCGGGGAACUAGGAUGAUUUUAUGAUCUCCUUGAAGCAAUGUCCAUCGAAAUAUCUGUAAAAUUUGUAAACAGGCCCUGUCAGAAGUACUUUCAAUAUAAAGAUAACAUAAGUCAAACUUGCGACACAUUGCAGUAAGAAUUUAUUAAAUUUAAGCGGCAUGUUUUUUGAAAUUGUUGUAUUUGGAAACGAAGACGUAGAAAAGCAGCUCAUUAAUACAAAAAACGAGACUACUUUUCAAAUACAAGAUGCUUGCCGUCUAAAGAAAUUGGCUAAACGCUUUGAUUGCGAGUACCUCCCAGAUUGAUCACUCUGACAAUUUCCCACCCGAAGAAUUAAUUAGGUCUAUAAACAAAGAAUCAAAACUUGAUCCAGAGAAAUCAAUAAAAUAUUUCUCUUCAAACACAGUGACAACUUCUAAGAGAAUAAGAAAAUGCUAUUUAUAUUAAGGAUUAUACUGUGUGGAAUCAAUCAUACAGAUGUACGAAUUAUAUUUGUGUAUCAUAAAUAAUUAAUAUCGCAAAUUGUGAAGUCAAAAUGAUAUUUCCUACUGCAAACUGAUAAAGACUUUUUGACUCUCUUGAUAAAACUGUAGUUGCAAUAAAAGUGGUAAUCGCAAUGAAUGCAGCUACCAAACCUGUACAAUAAGAGUUUUCAUAUAAUCAAAAUUUAUUAGAUAUAAAAGAUAUGGAAGAUUCUGAAUUGUUAGGGUCAAAACAAUAUUUAUUCCUUCAUGUGCAUAGUUGAUUUUUAAGUAAAGUUUAAUAAUUCGACGUACGAAAAGCUAAAUUACGUUAUUGAAACAACUGCUAGCAAGCAAAACAAAUGAUGGAAUGGAGAAAACUGUAAACUGUAGGCCCAACAAAUAUGAAAACACUUUUAUGUAACCUAUAGGCUUGAUUAUUUUCUGAAAGCCUCUGGUUUAUAAGAAACUUUGUAGACUAAGGGGUAAUAUAAGUUUGUAAUACAUGGGUUCAGUAUUCUUAGCAAAGCACUUAUAAAUAAACAUAUUUUUAGAAGAAGGAAUGAAAUUGAUAGAUAGAAUACUAAAGAGCUUGAAGUACAUAACAGCACUCAUUUCCAACAUUCACAAUCCCUUACAUUCAUCUAGAGGUGCAAGUUUCAGAAUCAGGCUUCGCCUGAACCACAACUUCAAUUGUUCAUAUAGGACCUCGCCCCAAAUUUGGCUUACAAAUGAGAAGAAGAGUGUUACUUAAGGGAUUGGCACACCCCGAUUCACACAUUUCAUCACAAAAUUUAAUUCCCUUGAUAGCACCCUACAAGCCCCUUGAAAGCACCGUUCCCAGGGCAGCCCGCCCUCAAUAACCUUAUCAGAGGAUGCAAUGACAAAUGGAAAAGCAAGAAAACCAAAAUCAAGAGGUUUCACUUUGAGUGCCAUUCGCCUAUUUCAGCCUAGUGUCAUUCAUCCCAAGCAAACAGCAACUGACAUUUUGUCCGUGCAACUAAAGAAUGGACAGUGCACGGAGCAUUGAAAAGGCCGGUAAACAUUGCAGUAAUGGUGGACAUGCAGGGCCUAGCUGUGAAUGGCGUGAAGCGCAUACGCGUCAAACUGAACACAUACGUGCGUUUCUAAACAAACUGCAAUACGGAUCCGCUCCAUGAUACAACCCAUGCAAAAACGCAUGCCCAUGCAGAAACGCAUAUGACACCGGCUUUGAGACAUAACCAGACCAUCUGCUUCAAAACAAACAUCUUUACGAUAGAUAGCAGCGAGUGCUUUUGCAAGCUGAAAUUCACCACCAGCUGCCAUUACUGCGUAAUUCAAUCGCAUGAUUUUCGACAUAACAGUUGUUUAACCUGGAUAUGUCUAAAUAGAUCAGACAUGGGGCAGUGACACGUUAUCUAUUCCAAGAAUAUACCUAUACAUGUUACCUAAUCCACGAGUUUCUGGUAUCAUUACAGAUAUGCACGGGAAUUGUUCGAUGAAUUAGAGCACAAGUCAAUCAUGACGUGACGUGAAAUACCGGCAAGUGAUAAUUAAAUGCAAGUGACCUCAAGACCAAGUCAUUUAAAAAGACAAAUGGUAUUAAAGACAAGUAAUAUUAAAGGCAAGUGAUAUCACAAACAAGUGGAAAUUUGUACUAGUGACUUUAAAGCAAGGUGAUAAAAAAAGGCAAGUGAUAUUAAAGGGAUGGUAGAUUGCAACGUGCAAGCUAAUUUGAAUAGUAAUGGAGAUUUGCAGCAGGCUACUGCCAUUUCCUUCCAAGUAGUUGCUGUUUUGACGAUGUUGCUGAACCUGCUACUACUCCUCGCGCUUGUCAAAACAAAACAAACACGUACAAAUACAUCAAGCUACCUUAUCAUACUUCUUAGCAUUACAGAUUCCCUGAACGGAGCUAUGACAAUCCUUUCACUUACACUCUAUCAAUUUUUAGAGAAUAUUUCGUCGAAGUGUGGCCUGAGAAAAUUCUCAAAUGUCUGCAGUGGCUCCCUAUCAUAUAUUUCUGUCAGUAUUAUUGUUAUUAUGGCUGCAGACCGGUACGUCAACAUGAACCCGAACAUUGAACGGCCGUCGCGUUUUGCCAAGAUGUUCAAGCCACCAAAAUUAUACAUUUUAUUAGCAGUUGUAACUGUAUUUUCCUUGCUCUACGCAGCAUCCUUUGCGUUGAUGAGCCAU